AUGGGUUGUACAAGUUCGCAUCAAACAGGAACUACGAAAGACAAUACAAUUUCAGUUCCAUCAUCAAUCACCGACGAUGGUCACCAAUUAAUAACGGAUCAUUUUCGUAAAUGGUUAAAAACAAAUCGACCUAAAGCUGAUGAAUAUGUAUUAAAUGAUGUUCUAUCAACAGCACAACCAUCAAAUGAAGCUGAAGAUUAUAAAACUAUCGUUGGCAAAGCGCUUGAUUUACUUGCUGAACGUCAUGAUAUAAAAUCAACAAACAAAUUAGGUAAACUUGUACAAAAAGAAAUUACAUUAGCAUCACCGAAAAAAGUUGCACAUACAAUAACUAUAUUAAAACAAACGGCAGAUAAAUUACGUAGUGGAAAUAUACAACUUGAAGCUGAACAACAACUAGCAACUGAGGAACAUACAAAUGGUACGUCUACACUUGAAACUAAAAAUAUUCAAGUAUCAUCGGGUGAACCAGGAAUUGCUUUAAAAGAAGCGUUAGAAAAAGCACGUAUUUUAUUCUAUAAGGGUAAACAAGCUGCUAUAUUUGCUAAUCCAUGUGGUGGUUAUGACGUACGAAUUUUGGAUGAACAUGAUGAAACUAUAAAUCAUGAUGGAAAUCUACUUCGUUCAAUAAUUGUAACUGAAGUUAAAAUGCGUCCAAAAAUAUUAACAAGUUCAUCUUUGUUCACACCGCCUCCUCCUCCUCCUCCUGCACCAUUACCAGUAUCUCGACCAUCAAAAUUACUUGAUGAAAAUGAAAUUACUGAUGAUUUUCGUCGUUCGAUCGAUGAUGCUCUCAAAGGACUUGAAGCUGUUUAUCAAACACCAAUAACAAUGGCAACAAUAUCCGAAAAUAUUAAAGAGAUACAUGUUGAUAAACCCAGUAAAACAGCAUCAUCACCACCACCACCUCUUGUCAUACAAUGUGGUGUAACUAAUGUUCCUUUAAAAAAAUCAACCUCAAAAGAACAAGCAACUGUAUCAAGCGAUCAUCCACCUACUGUUGAUCAUACAGUUCAUCUAGCUGAAAUUUUUCGUCAAAUGGCUGAUCAACAAAAAGUUGCUAGUGAACAAUUAUCAAAUGAAGAAAUAGAACAAGAUAUAAAUCAAAUUGAUAUUCAACCAAAACUUGGCGAAUCUAAUGAUGAUAUCAAUGAAUUAAUGAUGGAUGCUAUUGAAGAAACAACAUGUAGUGAACUUGCAAAUCCAAUAGCACCAGUAGAACAUGAUUUAGAAGAAAAAGUCGAUACAGUUAAAUCACCUGAUGAAUCCGAAGCAUCAAUUGAACGUAUGGUUAAAGAAAUGAAAGAACAUGGAGAAAAAUUUGAAUCAAAAGAAAGUCUUCAAACAAUAACUACAACAACAAAACAAGCAUCAUCUUAUUCACUUGGUUUAACAUCACCAAUACAAAAUGAACCAGUACCAACAUCACCACCUCAUCAAAAACCUAAAUUACGUAGUGAAAAUCGCCCAAAAUCAUUUAUUGCUAAUGAAGAAACGAUUUCUAAAGAUCGUUAUAAUUUUAGUAAACAAAUGUCAUUGGAUGAAUUAGCACAUUUAACACAAAUAGGUUUAUCAAAUCCAAAUUUAACAACAUCAAUAACAAAACUAGGUAUAUCAACAUCAUCGGGAAAAAUUGAAGAAGAAGAUCAUAGGCAUAUUGCAACAACAGAUUCAUUAUCAAAAAUACCAGCAUCUAUUAGUCAAAUUAUUGAAGAACAUCAUGCAAUUCUUGAUGAAACAUCAACAACAACAUCACCACCACCAGCACCGCUUGUAACACCUAUUGUAACACCUGUUGAGACUCAAACGAAAAUAAAAUCACCUACUCAUAAUAUAACUUAUACAGAAAUAAUUCAUUCCGAAUCACGAGAUGGAGAACAAUCACGUCGUUUUAUAACUGAAUCCUAUGAUGAACAUCCAUCAAAUGAUGAUGAACAAACAACAACACUUAAAGUUAUUACAAAAUCAGAAUUUUCAAAUCAUCCAACAUUAGGUGAAAAAAUUAUGGAACAAAGUGUUCAAGUUAUAACUGUUAAAGUACGAAAUGAAACAAUAAAAACAACUGUACAACAAGCAUCUUUACCAUCGACAACUGAUAAUACUAUGACAUAUGAAAGACGACCGGUUAGUGAACUUGUCAAAAAUUUUGAAGUAGUUGCAGGUGGUAACAAUAGCAAUGGUCUUAAUACUUGA